AUGGCGCGAACCUGCCUAGACCCUUCGACGAACAAAAUCGGCCGCUGGGUUACUGUCACUCUAAUGCAGAUCUUUGCACUGGGAAGCCUGUGUGGAUUGCAAGGCAACAGGGAAUUCUGCUUGGCGGCGAAGUAUGGUCCGGAGUGCGUCGUCCAGUCCCAGCCCCUGGCGAGCACCUUAGUCAUCAAGCACGAGUUGGACCACAUAACGCCGUCCGGCCUGGUGCGAGGGCUGGCACCAGUGCGAACCGAGGCGGCGACAACGAGCCAUCGACGAGCAGCGCGACGACGAGCACUGAAACAACCAGCAACGGUACGUCCCAUGUGCGGCGACGUAUACUACACCGUCUGCCGCCCGAGCACCAAACGCGAGUUCCACUACAGGCGUACCGUGAAUGUCUGCGUCGAGACGGCCGCUGAAACUAUGCUCUCGUACAACCCAGGAACCAACAAGUUCACCUCGCUCGCCCACUUCCGUCGAAGCUGUGCUUGUGUGGGGCGUGGUGCUGCGAAAAAAUGCUUCGGCAAGCCAUUGCUGACAAGCUGUACCAGGCAGAACGUUUUGUUCAGCUGGUGGUUCUUCGAGGACCGGGAAUGCGUCUCUUGGAACUUCCCGUCUGGUGGAUGUCCCGCCAACGACAGCGCCCUCUUCCGCACGGCACACGAAUGCAGGUCCCGCAGUUUAAGUGGAAGACAGCGGGACUCACAAUGCCUUCCUCCCCGAGUGGUAGCUUGCGAUAGCAGCCGCAUCAAGUAUCACUUCUUUGCCAACCGGUCCAUGGGUGAUGGUCGCAUGCGGUGCCUCCGCUCAUCCCCCGACGGGCGACGCAGUUCUGAGGUCGUAUACAACGUCGCCGGAAUGCGGCUCACGCAAUUCCGCGCCAUCCUGACUGUGAGUGUCACGGCUGUGAUAGUAAUGGCAGUUGUCAUCGUGGUACUUAUGCCGCAGCGGAAAGAAACAGUGCCGACGGAACCAUAUUGCGAGACUGAAGACUGUUUCCAGCACAGCUAUCGUCUUCUCGCCAAACUGAACCACAGCCUCGACCCGUGCGAGGACUUCAGCGCCUACGUGUGCUCCGCCUGGUCGCCGCCGCAGGGUUACCUGGAGCACUCCAACUCGGCUAUGGACGACGUGCGAAAAUUGUGGUUUCCCGCGUUCAGCGACAUGUUGUCACUUGGCUCGAAAACAAUCAGGGUCGGCCUGAAACCCCUAGCCAUGUACUCAUCUUGCAUGGCUGACCACUCAGUAUACGGCUCCAACGUGAAGAUAUUUUGGGAAAUGCUCAAGGAAUGCAAGCUCACUUGGCCAGAGGAACCAGAGUCACUCAACAACACUGCAUUAGGCGUACUAAUGGCGCUGGCGUUCAAGUGGCAGUUUCCACUCUUCUUUCAUGUGAGAGCUCUGCGCUUGAAGUCAGCGCCAAACUGGCGCUUCAACAUGAAUCCUGGCUCCCUUAUACCUCUGAUGUAUCAACACCACGUAACAGUCAAGAAUUCGGGAGGAUACGAGAAGUACUGGGCAACGUUCUACUACAUCUUGAGCGGCAGGUACAACGAGUCAGCAGUGAACAAAACAAUCAUCGCCAAAACAAAAGCGAUAGAAGGCGACGUCUUCAAACGGCUCCUGGCGGCCAUGCGUUCCCCGGUAAUCAACCCGGUGCUCAUGCCCAUCUCAGAGACUGGACUCUUCACUACGUCGCUGAGUUCCGAGCAGUGGUUACGUGCAUUCAAAGAGACAAAGCUCGGUCCUGAGGUAGAACUGAAAGAUGAGGUCUUCUUUGGCGACGCGGGAUUCUUCCUUGAGUUGGCGGUUGUGAUGAAUUCGUACCAGGACGCCGAGCUGCUCUCCUUGAUCGCCUGGUCAUUCGUGCAGCUCAUGUCACCGGCGGUGGACUACCGGCUCCUAGAGAAUCGGUACGAGCAAGGCAUCACAAUCUACCGGCCCUAUUUCUGCGAACGGCUCGUUGAAACUACCUACCAGUUUCUGGUGGUCGCGCUCCACUCGGCAUCACGGUUUUCACCGCAAGAGCGCGCAUUUGUAAUCAGUGGGUUUGACAGCCUCGUCUCAGCCGCCGUCGACAGGUUGAACGCGUCGGAAUGGCUCGAUGUGGAGAGCAGAAAACUCGCCUCCGCGAAGUUGUCUUCGGCGCGCCUUCAAUUGUGGCCUCCGGAGAAGUACAUUGAUAGCUUUAUACUCGGAAAUAUGUACGCAGCCUUCCCUAGUUUUGAAGAUUCAUUUGCUGGUUACUGGGCCAAGUCGAUGCACAGCGCCGCGGAAGCAUAUCAGCCGCGUUCCAACAUGGACCUUCAAAGCUACAUGCUUAAUUAUGCACUGCCGUACUUCUUAUACGACGCCUCGAGCAACACCGUCAAGGUGGCUGUGGGUGCAGUAACUGCGCCUCUCUACUAUCUCAGCGGCACCAAGGCCAUGUUCUAUGGUGGACUAGGAUUCUCUAUAGCGCUCCAACUGGUAUCGUCGCUGGACAGCCAGGGACUGAGAUGGCAUCCAGAUGGCACGUUCGGCGGUUCUUUUCUAUCAAACACUUCAGCACGGGCCUUUGAAAUGCGAGACACAUGCCGGAGCGCCGCUCAAAAUGGCUCCAACGGAAGCGGACAGACCAACCUGACUGCAUUGGGAAGACGUAAGAGCGUCUUUCCCGAGAUUCCCGCACUAGAGCUGGCCUACAUAGCGUACCAGCGUGCGGUCAGCGACGGCAGCGACAGUAGUCCGCAAGGCAUUCCUGGAGCCUUCUCGGGCGACAAGGUGUUUUUCAUGACACUGUGCUAUAUGAUGUGCACACUCCCGGAUGCAGUGGGUCCUUACACAGCAGACUGCAACAAGGCGAUGCGCAAUUUCGAGGCCUUCGCCCGGGCGUUCCACUGUCCCAUGGGAUCGCAGAUGAACCCGAGACAGAAAUGCGCAUUCUUCGGUUGA